UAGUAGUCUGUGCUAUUUAGUUUCCGCUAUGUCAAAUUUAUGUUGUCUUUCUUAAUUUAAUUUUAUGAAAAACGAAAACUACGAUUUAUAUUUUAAUUCUGGAAUAACGAUACAUAGUUAUUUCGUUAUUCACUUCUUAAUCAAUAACUACAGGCGUACAAAAUGGAUUUCCAAAACCGCCCCGGCGGUAAAACAGGUGGAGGAGGCGUUGCAUCUUGGUCUGAAAGCAAUAGAGAUCGUCGCGAAAGACUUCGUCAGCUCGCACUGGAAACAAUUGAUUUAAACAAGGACCCUUAUUUUAUGAAAAACCAUUUAGGAUCUUAUGAAUGCAAGUUGUGUUUAACUUUACACAACAACGAGGGUAGCUACUUGGCUCAUACUCAAGGAAAGAAGCAUCAGGCAAAUUUAGCUCGUCGAGCUGCAAAGGAAGCCAAGGAAGCACCACAACUAUUGGCACCAGAAAAGCCAAGGAUAGAACCAAAAAAGUUUGUUAAAAUUGGACGUCCUGGUUACAGAGUUACUAAGCAAAAGGAUCCUGAAAAUGCACAACAAAGUUUACUAUUUCAGGUGGAUUAUCCAGAGAUUGCUGAAAGUGUGCAACCUAGACAUCGUUUCAUGUCGGCCUAUGAACAAAAGAUAGAACCUCCAGAUCGUAGAUGGCAAUAUUUAUUAUUUGCUGCAGAGCCAUAUGAGACCAUUGCAUUCAAAGUACCUAGUAGAGAGGUAGAGAAACAUGAUUCCAAAUUUUGGACUCAUUGGAACAAAGACACCAAGCAGUUCUUUUUGCAAUUUGCUUUUAAAAUGGAGCCAUUGCGUAUGCCACCUCCACCUCCAAAAAUGUGGGAAAACCAUGGAAUGCGGUUACCUCCACCACCCGGAACUCCAAUGAUGGGUGUACCACCCCCACCUCCAUUGUUGCCUGUGCCCCCACCACCACCAUCGAUGUAGUUUUAAUUGCAGAAAAUAAACAAUAUUUAGAUGUCUCCUUGUUUUUAU